GUUAGCCCAGAGAAAACAUUCGAUGGGCACAUUGUGCCGUUGGGUAAGCAGACGGUUGCCGAAGCAGCAAAGGCCUGUGGCUCAUCCUUGCAUCUGUACAGAAAUCCUUUCGAGAAAGGGCCAGAUGAUGACAGUGCUGAUGAGCACUCUGUUGCUGGUGACCAGAAUGAAAAAUCUAAUGCUCAUGCCUCAACUGAACUCAACAUUUCUUGAAUUCAGUGCUGCAAUCAUUCUAACUCUGUGUUGUUUGUAA